UGUAGUUUGACAGUUCCACAGGUUUUAGUCCGAAGUUCAAAGGAACAGACUAACUUUUUCUGGCACGCGGCGGUUGUGUAAUCUGAAGGUUAGGUGAGUAUGUGUAAAAUAUUGUAUCAUAUAACUAUGUUUGAAUGUAAUUCUUUCUUAAUUACAGGAGGUUGCUUGGCAUAAUUUCUGCUGGUGUUAUUUUCCUGGAAAAAUAAGACCAACAUGAACACCCAUGAGGUUAAAACAAAAGAGUUGACUGCAGCGGAUGCAUUUGUCAACGCAAUCUUGACUAAAUUGAGUGGAAUAAAUUAAUAAUGUAUCAAAAAAAUCGGUGCUUCGUUUCGGUAGCAGUUUAAUUGCUGCAAAUUUAUCGAACGCAGCAAAAAAAAUGUAUUUGGCAGGCAUGAUUUUACUCGAACGCUCUAGCACAUGUUCGAAAAUCCUGAAGCUUCGGGUUCAUUGCAAAAGCCCAGCUUGAGCUACGGCGGCGCCAAGCACAUGCACACCAAGGGUGAACGUGAGCUUGUCGAAUCCCUUACUGACGAAAUUUUGGCUGAACGUAAAUCACCAAAUAUUACGACGAAUCCCACCACUUUGGAUAGCUUCAGCGUUAAGCUGGUUGACGGUGAUGUGGAAUUAAACAAGAUGAGUGAUACGGAGAGCAUCGCCAUAAAUUUCACUGCCAACCACAGUGUAGACCCUGCAGAUGAGCCUGAACUGGAUCUCAAUGCUGAAAUCGGUACGAUGCGUAGCAAAACCACGCUUUGAACUGGAUAUUGUUAAGUGCUCUACCACAUUGUGAUUCACAUGCGCGUUCUUUUAGGGCACCCUAGGGAAGGUUAGUGGGGGGUAUGAAA